UAAUGUUCAUUCCUUUCAAGUCGGCCCAACCAUGCACGUGUCCUACAGGCACUCCGAGCAGCGUGUGUCGACGUGAUUUGCCUGCCGUCCAGUUUGUCCUUUUCCCCCGGGUGAGACACGUUGCUGGAGAGUCGGCUUCGUAUAAAGGGAAGAGCUGCUGUCAUUGGAUUACGUCUCAUAGAGAGUCGCCAAAGUAAAUCCGACGUGAGUUGUUUCUCGUCAACAGCUCACUGCCUGAUCGCUCAUAUAUACCGUGUGCCGCUUCUUGUGUCAGCAUUCUAUUUCGUGCUCUGAAUCCAAGACUUGGACUGCAUAUUGAAGGAAACAUUGGGAUAAGACACACGGAUGCUUCACAUAAAUUCUUAACAGUGCGCAGCGACACCGAGCUUCGGGGAAAAUACAAGAAGAACUUUUGCGAAUUUCCGGAAAAAAUGUGAAGCCAAUGUUGAAGUAGAACCACAAACAAAACACCCUCCACCGAUGUUGUUUUGUUAAAAAAAUCAUUCCAAACUGUUUCUAAGUAUGUACUUGUAUGGUUUUUGGUGCGUCUGACCAGAUCAAAUUCGUUGGACAAUGUUUGCUGACGGACUAUGGCAGGACCCACUAUUGCUAAAAAGUGACUGAAAUAUAGGAAAGUUGCCCCUGGCAAGAAAGGAGUGGUCAAAAAUGGCGUCACAACGUUGGUGGAUCAGCACCAUGUUUGUUCUUGUCACCACCACUGGCUUUCGGGGGCAAAUCCCAGGUACCAUCGGGGCGUACGUACCCCGAAUAUCAAACGCUCUCUCCGAAUUCCAGUACUGUCUAGAAGACUGCACGUGUGACGAUUUCUCCCAGUCGGUGACAUGCGCGAACCUCGGACUUCCGGACAUCCCUUACUCGUCCGUACGCAACAACACCCGUGCUCUUUACCUACAUGGAAACAUGAUACAACCCCUGACAGGGCAAAGCAUUCGGAGGUUUCGUCAACUUCGCCUGUUGGAUAUUUCGGAUAACCACGUUUUCUUCAUUAGCGAUGAUGCUUUUGAAAACCAAGGCAAGCUGGUGAAGUUGAGUCUGAAGGGGAACAACAUGACUGUGAUUCCCGUGGGGGCGCUGUCCAAACUCCGGGCGCUUCGAGAGUUGGAUCUAACACACAAUCGCAUAUCGUUCUUGAGUCCGAUGAGCUUCGUGAAUCUGACCAAGUUGCAGAAUCUCUCCCUGGGCUGGAACGAGAUACACCUGAUCAGCGGGGAUGCAUUUAUUGGGAUGGACUUACUUCGCAUCUUGUCUCUUGAGAGCAACUUUCUGGACGAGAUGCCGAUUGGAUCAUUGCGGGGCUGUAACAGAUUAGAACACUUCUACGGGUCGAACAAUAACAUCGGUACGUUCGUCAAUGACUCGGAGACCCUCAGUCAGUUUAGCGCACGGAGCUGGUUCGAGCCCUCUGAACCAACAAGACUGCUGACGCUAGACCUCUCACACAACGUCAUUGAUAUUCUCUCCAAUUCGUGUUACCAGGGAAUGACCAGCUUGAUUUAUCUGGACAUGACCUUUAACUUCAUUCGAGAGUUCCAACUGGAUCUUGUCGUUGACCUGGUUUCGUUGGAUACGUUAAAGCUCGGCAAUAACCCACUGAGUACGUUACCACCAACCCUGCUCCUCAACAUGACCAACUUGAUGAACGUUGAAUUCCCAAACUGUGAGCUAUCGGAGAUACCCCUUGGGUUUUUUACGAAUCUUACUCAGAUACAAACAAUCGAUUUUACAAAUAAUGGGUUAUCGAACGCUGAAUUCAUGCACGCGGUUCACCAGUCACCCUAUCUCAGACACCUGUAUCUCGGGAGGAACUCACUCACAGAAUUGCCCGCUGAUGGCCUGACUGGAUUUUUUAAUCUACAAAUACUGGAUCUUUCUGAAAACUCUUUGACAAAACUGCCAAAUUUAGAAGGUUUGGAAUCUUUAGAAACGCUGGAUGUAUCUGAUAAUUUCAUAUCUAGAAUCGGACCGCAUGCGUUCCGCGAUACUAGAAUUGUCCAUCUUGAUUUCGCUCGCAAUGAAAUACAAAAAGUAUUCGAGUCUACAUUUAAUGAAAUUCCUGACCUUGAAGUCGUCAAAGUGAAAGGUAACCCAUGGGUUUGUGAUGAGUGUGGGCUUCAGUGGACGAUGGAUAAUCCAAAAUACUCGCGCUUGAUUUCAAGGCACAUUCUGUGCGCUUGGCCCACGGGUUGGAAAAACAUCAAAUUCCUAGAACAAGUGUUGUAUUAUAACUGGCGAUUGCCCGAGUGCACAAGUCGCCCGAAUAGACAAAGUGUAUGCAACCUAAUAGCGGCAUGGUUGGCCAUAUUGGCCGCCGUUGUUGUGAUAUUCUGGGCGGCAGUUUUUCACCGAGCACGGAGAAGGUUCCGAACGAGGAAACCAAGACAGCGUUUUCUUCUCUUCCGGAAUCCGAACGACACCAACGCAGGAUCAACCUGUACUACUGGUCAUUCCAAUGUGCGCUUUAAAGCACUGGACUCGGAAACAGAGAGUCUGGAAGACGACGAGACAACUUUCAGUCACUUGAAUCCCACCGUGCUGUGUAUUAGCGCGACUCAUCAAAAUUACACGAUGGUCACGAAAUGGACCGGCCACAUAUCGUGUCCCCUUUUCGGGACUUUUUUCACCCUUGUGGCCCUGACAGCUUUGAGUAGACUUGCUACAUGCAGGCCAGUCUGUCCACUGUUCUGCAAAUGUAACCUUGGAAUGUUUCUAAUUAACUGUACGAAUCAGGGCAUCAUUGGCAUCCCGGAGAGCGACAGUGAUGACUCCUUUUCCUGGGCUACAGUUUUCGUCUUCGAGCGAAACUCCAUCGCCAAGAUCGGCAGGACAGCCUUCGAUAGCUUACCCGGCCUCGUUGAAUUGUCCCUCGCUUUCAACGGACUACAAAGCAUCGAAAAUGGCAGCUUCCUCGGUCUUCAGGAACUGGAGCACUUGGAUCUAAGAGGAAAUCACCUAGUGGGGAUUCCAGCUGCACUCGGCGAUUUGCCUAAUCUUCGAGAACUUUCCUUGGCACAGAACAGUUUGUGGAAUUUGGAUGACGAGGCUUUCAAGGGGAUGGGUUCGUUAGAAAAACUGUAUCUGGACAACAAUAACAUCCACGUUAAUGGAACCCCUUUCAAAGGCUUGACAUCUCUUAGUGUUCUGACUAUGACAAGCAAUGCACUAACAGAGGAUCCAGUGGGCUGGUUUUUUAGUCCCAUGCAUGAACUCGAUCUUUCAGACAAUCAACUGAGUUUGACUACAGAAAUCUGGACAUGGUUCAAUAACUCUCAAGACACUCCAGUACCUCUGCGGUUUCUUAUUCUCAGAAGCAACCACAUUGAAUCCAUAGAGCGGGGAACCUUUCGCCAACUUUCGUUUCUGCAGGAAUUGGACAUCGGUAUGAACCAGAUUUCAUUUGUUGACGGUGAGGGCCUUCAUGAUCUUUGGAAUCUGGACUACUUCGCAAUUAAUGACAACUGGUUAGAGAGUCUUCACGAGGAAACCUUCCUGAAAACCACUUAUCUUGAGGUUUUACAACUGGAAAACAAUCAUCUGCAGAGUCUUCCGCUGGGGCUCUUUGGGAAGACCGAGCGUCUCGCCAGUCUGAAUGUUGCGAACAACAGACUCAAGAACAUCCAUGCCAUUACACAGGGGCAGCUUCCAUCCUUGGCAAAUUUAAAUCUCAACUAUAACUUGAUAUCGAAGAUCCAGGACGAUGGGUUCAGUCAAUCUACAAUGUUAUCCAGGCUCAUGCUUGCCGGGAAUAAACUCACGACAGUACCGAACAUAGCAGGUCAACUCUAUCUGGAUACCUUAGACCUCGGUAUGAAUUCAAUACGCAGUGUGCCAAAGGGCGCUUUCGACGGCACAGGUCUCCGUUUCAUCUUACUAAAUGACAACUUCCUGGAGACGCUCGAUGCCGAGCUGUUCAUGGAUCUCUAUGAUCUUCAACUCUUAAACAUUCGCGGUAACUCUUGGUGGUGCGACUGUCGUCUUGAAUGGAUACAAAGGUUACGUACUCUCACAGACCCUCCCAUAUGGGCGGAUGAAAUCAUACAAUUGGGACUUAUCUGCCAAAACCCUCCAGUAUACGACUCACAGGAUUUCAUGUACGAAGAUGUUUUGUUGAAUGGAUGCCCCGCAAAACUCGAUAGUUUGGCUGUUCUGGGCGUGCUAAGCGUAUGGUUCGGACUCGUGGGGAUCUUUGUUACGCGUAUGUGGGUGAAGAAGUUUUCGGAGGUCCGCAAAUUCAAGAAGGUUGGGAAGCGUAACUUCCGGUACAGCAUUCGCAAGACAAGGAAACGGCGCAACGGGGUCAUGAACAAUCACUAUUCUCUCCAUACAUUCGGUAGAUCAGACUCCUACACCCUGAUUCUACAAAACAAGGACAACGAUGACCAGGAUGGACCCAAUAAUAACGAUGGUCAUGAUGAAUGGGAUGAGGUUGCUCGGGUAACGACUGUGUAAUUCCAAAAAUGUACAUGUUCCCUGUUUCUAUAAACAGUAAUGAAUGCUAUCAACAUUCAUGCGCGUGACAUGGCACUAGACUAUUAUUUCGUCCAGCUUCAAUUUGGUUUCAAAAAGUUGGAAUGGAGUAAAAUCUAGAUAGCCACACUGUGAUAUAGUCUACAAAAAACUUUUUUCAUGAGUUUCUUUACGGAAGUUCUUAAAAGGCAAGAAAUUUAAUUGUAAAGUGGUUGUGAUGUAUGGUGGAGUUCUGUAAAACAGGAUAAGAUGUGCAUUUAUCUAUUGUAAAGGCACUUGAAACUAUUGGUACUUACUCCAAAAGCAAUUGACAUACUUGGUAACGAGCAAUGGAGAGUUGUUGAUAAUAUAAAACAUGGUUUGAAACGACUCCCUCUGAAGUUACGGUUGAGAAAGGGGUGAUUUCGCAUUCAAAAUAUUAAAAGGUUUUAUGUAUGUAGCCUUUUAUUGAUAUAGGCAUCUAUCACAACUUGUACAAGGGUGAUUUUCUUUCGUAAUUCUCUGGCAACUUCCAGAUGUAUGCAUUAUUUUUAUGAGAUACACAAAGUGAGAACACUGGUCUCUGACAAUUACCAAUAGUGUUCGGUGCAUUCGAAGCAAUAAACCAUUGCGAGGUAGAUUUAAAAAGAAAAUUGUCUGAUACAAUGACUUGAUUAGUAACAAUGUACCGGCCAUGAGAAAGUUGCUAUGUUAGCUUUGCGUUGUUUCACAAGAGACGGUGAACUGCCAUACGCAAUAAAUUGUUGAAGUCUGAGGAAUUCAAAUUAAAUCGCAAUCCUGUGACUAUUAAGCAAGUCACUGUACCAGACAUCAUUCAAACCUAUCGCAAAUGGCUUAUUGUACACCACACACAGCUAAAAUACAGCCGACUAAUAUUGCCAAAGGAAUUCUUCCCUUUAUCUGUCAAUUGUUUAAAAUGUGUACGCCCUGAACAGCCAUCUUUCUCUUAAUUUUUCUUCCAUUCAUAAACAAAUCCAAGCCAAACUGCUGGAAGGAAAAAUAGUAUGGUACUUUUUUGUGGUUCGAGACGAUAAAGUACCAGUAUCCAGAGACAUCUAUCAAGAAAAUAAGUAGUGGUAGGAAGUUUAACAAAACUUUAGGGUUUAAAGGUUUUUUCACAUUGCAGUUAUUCUUAAAUUUGUAUACACAAUCCAAAAAGGUCAUUGUUAUAUUCAUCAAUUAAUUAAUUAAUAUCAUUUUAUAGUUUACAGCGUUGAAGCUAGACUUGUGGACAAGUCGUUAACAUGUCUGUAGCGGUGAUAGCGAAACUGCCCUCUUGCUAUAAGACUGCUGCUCUGCGUCUGCUCUCACGACUGCGAUCAGACAAGAGUCGUGAGUGCAGUAUACUUGCACAGAGCAUGCAGUUGAAGCGUAAGUUGUACAUAUUUUUUAAAUUAUAAAAAAGCUGCUAUGAAAAUGUAACCAGAAUAUAAAGAAUUCAACAAAAGGAAAUAACAAAGGACGCAAAUUAAAAUUAUGGUGUUUUCAUGGAACCUCACUGUGUAAAGCAAAUGUGCGGUUUACCUUGGUGUAUUUAUAGUAAACUAGUACCUGCUUACUCAAACGUUUUAAAACAAACUCCUUGCUUAAAGCGUUAUUGUAAUUUCUUUAGAUUGUUUUGGUGAUUAAGUUUUUAUUAUCAUGGGCUUCCAUUUUGUAUAACAUAUAUAUUGUGAAAUAUAUUAUAUGCUAUUCUCAACGAUACGUUUAAAGUUUGCAACCAGUUUGAUUAAAGAUAAGUUGCAAAACAUAAUCAUUACAUCAAACUGUUUUUAUCAAGACCAUUUUUCUUUUCUGUUAGCAGCACUUGAUUUCCACUUAAAGCCAGUGGGUACUAUCGGUAAUUGUCAAACACCAGUCUUCUCACUUGCUGUAUCUCAACAUAUGCAUAAAAUAACAA